CAACGUUUCUAUCGAUGUAGUUCGCUGUACAUAACUUAACUAUAUGUCUUUCUUAGUCUUCCUUGUACAACUUGUUAGUACCAAGAUGAACAAAGAUCAUCGAUGCUUUCGCAACUUCGUGUCCUCGAUCUUGUCAUCCAUCACAUCUAGUUUACAGCGAUUCGGCUUUGUCAGCGAUCGGAUAUAAUUCAGUCAAGAUACCUGCGAGUGCUCCUUGUUCUUGUUCAUAACUCAUGUCGGUUUCAUUUGCAUCUGUGCCUGCAUUCAGGGGCAGGGGAACGCCAGCCUGUCGUCGGCGUCAUUGUUGGUGAAAGCCGACGUGAGGUUUAGGGCUUGCACAGAUUCGACUGUGAUGUACUAGCACUAAUCGAAGUGAUAAUUUUUGAAGUUUUUGCUUUGAUGGUAGCAUCUAGUGAUAUCGUACAUCUACAUCGAGUUCGAGGAUAACUCAAGAACAAUACAUAGCUCCUAGCAUCCAUUGAUAUUUAUUCCCCUACUAAUUGUGUAGAUCAUCUUGCAAGAAAACUUAGGAAGAUCGGUAACGACACAACUAGAUUGUGUUUGUGCAUUCGAAUUCAUCAAUAGUCGUGUAGUUUCCGUAACAAGCUCCCUUAAAAAAUGGCUCUGCGACGUGUUGGUGCUGCCGGAAAGGGCAAGCAGAAGGAGCUCACCGAAGAGCAGAAGCAAGAAAUCAAGGAGGCCUUCGAUCUUUUUGAUACCGAUGGAUCUGUACUCUAAUUUUGCGACUUUUUUCUGAUUUUGAAAUAGAUUCUUCCACUCUUAUUGGGUUUAUUUUGAAGAUUGCGUAAAAAAGAAGAAAACCGAAUCAGUCUUUUCUUCCACUCAACCGAAACAGCAUCAACUAGUAAACAUGAUUGUUCAAAAAAAAGGGAUCGAUCGAUGCGAAAGAAUUGAAAGUUGCGAUGCGAGCAUUGGGUUUUGAACCAAAGAAGGAGGAAAUCCAGAAAAUGAUCGCGGAUGUCGAUGACGAUGGAAGCGGGUUCAAUUAUAAAUAUUAACAAAUAGAUGUUGUCCAUAUCGUGACCCAAUAGUACUGGAAUUAGAUGGAUUUUUUUGGAUAAUAUCAAUGUCUUUGAAAACUUAUUCUUGGCAUCCAUGCUGGACGAGGAUUUCUGAUGGAGGCAACUACUCAGUCAUUCGACGAUAAAUUUAGAUGAGGGUACAAGUACAACCAAACACGUAUGUCCUUGGAAGUAAGAUAAGGAAUAACCAACAUGAACAACUUGAAGUUUAUUGUCCGACGAGUUGUACCUAGUUGGUUGCUUGGGAGCUAUUCGUCAAAUAUAAUUUCUUCAGCUCCAUCGAGUUCGAGGAAUUUCUGAAGAUGAUGACGCAGAAGAUUUUGAACCGGGACCCUAAGGACGAAAUUCUGAAGGCUUUUCGACUCUUCGAUGACGAUGAGACUGGUAUCACAGUUUUUGAGCUGAGUAUGGAGGUGGAUGACAUCUUCAAAUCCCUAUUGAUAAAGGAAAAUCUUCAGAUCUUUUAAUGUUGGGCUAGUUCUUGUUCUACUCCUCUUCUAAGAACAACAAGAUCAACUUUUUGACCAGGUUUGCUUUCUUAAUUACUUCAGCCAAGAAUAGAGGCAUCCAUUAUACUACAACAAGAACCAAGUAUCAGGUAAAAUCUCGUUCAAGAAUCUGAAGCGAGUUGCAAAGGAGUUGGGAGAGCGCAUGACCGACGAAGAGCUGCAAGAAAUGAUCGACGAGGCAGACCGCGACGGCGAUGGUGAGGUGAACGAAGAAGAAUUCUUGCGCAUCAUGAAGAAGACCAACCUGUUCUAAUUAUGGCAGCGUAUAAAAAAAAAUUAAGUGUAUCUUUCAUUUGCUUGUGGAGGUACACUUCUUCUUGUUCUUCUAAAGAUUAUCAAAAUUAUGCAAUCAAAAUCAACGUCAAGAUGUCACUGAGGGCCUGGGCCAGGCCCUGGGGUAGAAGAGGACUAUUUUAUUGAGUUUUAGCCUGGUAUUAAGGCUCAGCUUUCAAUGGUCAUUGGGGUUGGUCACUGAGAUCGAAGAAGCGACCCCUUUGGAGAACAGGGGAAAAGGAAGGGAAAGGAGAGACCUUUGAAGGGGGUCUCUUCCGUUCAGCAUCAGUGACCAUUGAGUGCUGAGCUUUAAUGGUAGGAAAUAUGUUAUGCCCAGUUCCUGUAUGAGGAGCUCUAAGUUCCGUAACACUGUUGGAACGCAUCUCUGCUGUUGAUAAGAGCACAAUCUUGGACCACGCUUCAUCUUCGUCUGCAAAAAUACUGCGCGGAGGUUAGUAUCGCAGAGGAGACAGAACACUGAUCCGAUCUUCCUGAUGGGAAUCAUGAACAGUAGCAGAAGAGCAUACCAACCUUUCAGAGCAACUAUCACAAAAGCCUCAUGGGGCUGUCUCCUGGUGGUCUACUCCACAACUAGUAAUGGUCGUAAAAUUUGCCCCCGUUUUCUCGGCAGCAGUAGUACAUCGUCGUCUAUUGCAACGUCGUGCUUUCCGUAUUUUACCAAUAUCUUCAUUCCCAGCGGGCUCCACAUUCUACUUCGAUAACUGAUUUUCUGGAAAUUUUAUGAAGGAGGAUAUGCACAACUAACAAUUGUUUAUGAUAAUUAAGAAGCGAUAGUACAAAACAUGAGCGACGGCGAGAAGGCAAGAACUUUUAUAUAUACCCUCAUGCUCAUCGACAACUACAGCCACAGGCACAGCUACAUAUUUGUUGAAAUGUUGUUUUUAUUGCGUUGAGGAAAUCAGUUACAUACAAGAACAACAGGUAUGCGACCAUGGAUCUGCAGCUGUAUCCUUAGAUGAUUUACUUAGUAUCUGAUGAGCGUUCAUCAUGUGGAACAAGUUGAAGGUGUACUGCUCUUGUGAAGUAGAUUCUCUUCACACAUUGUACAUCCAAGAGGCAAAGAAAUCUUCGAUUUGUACAAGGGAGAUUUAAGUUGUAGUUGUUUGAUGAAAUCCAUCUUCAGCUAGUGCUGUUGUAAGCGGCCCUCGAGGAGGAGUAGGCAAC